AUGGAUCCUGAGAAGUCUGCCUCUCGCUUCAUAGAGACGGGUGUGCUUCAGCCGCCCAGCCCUACUACAGACUCUGCUACUCUCAAGAAGCUCGAGGCAGGGGAUCAUGCCCCUCCCGUCACGCACAAGUCUCCAGAAUGGCAAGUGAGGAGAUCUCCCCCGUCGAGAUCCGCACACAGCUCCUACUCGGGUACGCCUGCUGCUAUGCAGAUUCCCGACGCCGCGGCUUCGGAUCUUCCUGUUGUGGCUAAGUACAUUGCUCGACGAGCAACUCUCCUGGGAUGGUUUGACGAACCUGCCUCCGCCGCCAUCACCAGCGGCUGGUCAUCAACAUGUAUCGCCCUCAAGAAGCCAGACGGCUCUUACAUCUACGCGCCAGAUGACCCCAGCCCAGACUUGGUAGCAGCUGUCAACCGCCUCAAUGAGUCUGCCAUUGUGUCCAUGGCAUCUGAGGUGACGUGCGCAGUCCUUGACAGCCUCAAGCCUGGACAGGCGAGUCUUGUCAACGAAGAUACCGGCGCUCGCAUUCCCAUUAUCCAAAGCUUUGCAGAUGUCCACGAGUCUCUUGUUCAUCUGACGAGCGCUUGUAUCGUCGUCCAAGAACGCUGUGUGCUUAUCUGGGCUCAUGAGUCAAGAACUGUUCUCAACGUGGCGCACAAUGUUGAGAAGCAAAUGCUGGGUGUCAUUGUUGGCCCCAACAUGCCCCGCGGUUUGCUAGCUCAGACCGAGGAGCAAUCUGUCAACAAUCUUCCCACGCCUGUUCGUGGUGCCAUUGAUGAGAGAAACGAGGUAUACCAGGCUGCCAUCAAAGUCGAGGAGGGAGAUGACGAGAGUGACGAAGAUCUCGAGGGCAGCCAGCCUAGACGUCCUAGACUUCUCGUCCACUCGUUCCGAAUUGGUAUUGUCAUGAUGUUGGUUGUUCUCACACAGAGUGUUGGUGUUUCGAGACUGCUUCGCCAAUGGUCCUGGGAUGGAGAUUACAAGCGCUUCAUCUUGGUCGUUGUAAUUCCUCCUCUGUGUGUGCUGUCACUGUUCUUCUUCAUCGUCGUCGUUAGUAGUGUCUUUCAACUGCUUCUCCCAGCUGGUAUCUGUUUGAGAAACUCAAAGUAUCAUUCUGCUGUCAAACCCAAUCCCAAGCGUUACCGAGACUACCAGUUGCCUCACAUCACCGUUCAGAUGCCUGUUUACAAAGAAGGUCUCCGAGGUGUCAUCGUCCCCACCAUGGUUUCCGUCAUGGCUGCCAUCCAACACUACGAGAACCAAGGUGGCACAGCAUCCGUCUACAUCAACGACGAUGGUAUGCAGUGCAUCCAGCCUGAACUCGCCGCUGCCCGUAAGCAGUACUACCGUGAGAACGGCAUCGGUUACUGUGCGCGUCUCCCCAACAAGAAGAACCCCAAGAGCAAGAGCUUUCUCUCAUGGUUCAAGCGUUCGCCCCCUGUUGAUCCUGAGGUGGACAACCAGGACGAGAGCGAAGUCAGCCCUCAGGGCCGUGCUAACCAACUUGGAUUCGUUCGCAAGGGUAAAUUCAAGAAGGCUAGUAACAUGAACUACUGCCUUGCUUUCUCCAACCGUGUCGAGGAUGAGAUGCAUCGCCUCACUGAACUUGAGUGCGAGAGCCGUGGAUGCAGCUAUGAUGACCUCUCUGCCGAAGACGAUGAUAGACUCUACGACCAAGCUCUUCAGAACAUGGUUGAUGCUGAUGAGGGAAAGACCUGGGCUGAGGGAAACAUCCGCAUGGGUGAGAUCAUCCUGCUCAUCGACUGUGAUACUCGUGUCCCCAUCGACUGUCUUCUCUACGGUGCUCUCGAGAUGUACGAGAGUCCCGAGGUCGCUAUUCUCCAGCACGGCUCUGGUGUCAUGCAAGUUGCCCAUAACAUCUUCGAGAACGGUAUCACCUACUUCACCAACAUUGUCUACACAGCCAUCAAAUACGGUGUUGGCACCGGCGAUGUCGCACCUUUCGUCGGCCACAACGCUUUCCUUCGUUGGAAGGCUGUACAAGGUGUCGCGUUUGUUGAUCCAUCUGACAAAGUUACCAAGUGGUGGUCCGACACUCACGUCUCUGAAGAUUUCGAUAUCAGUCUGAGAGUUCAGAUGGCAGGUAUGGUGUGUCGUCUGGCUACGUACCACAACGGCGGUUUCGAGGAGGGUGUUUCUCUGACUGUCUAUGAUGAGCUGAACCGAUGGGAGAAGUACGCUUACGGCUGCAACGAGCUUGUGUUCCAUCCUUUCUACCAGUGGAUCUACAAGGGCCCGGUCACUCGACUAUUCCUCAGAUUCCUGUGGAGCAACAUGCCUGUUUCCAGCAAGGUUUCCAUCAUUGCCUACAUCUUCACAUACUACGCCAUCGCCGCUGGUUUACUCCUCACACUCAUCAACUACAUCCUCGUUGGUCUCUUCUUCUACGAUCUUGACCAGUUCUACACUCCAUCUUGGGGUAUCUGGGUUUCGCUCCUAGUCGUUUUCAACGGUGUCGCCUCUGUUGCCUGCAGCAUGACUCGUCACCGUCUCAAGGAAAAGUCGUUCUGGUCUGCUAUUCUUGAAGCCUGCAAAUGGCUUCCCUUCCUCGUUCUCUUCUUCGGCGGUAUCAGCAUCAACUGUGCCAAGGCUCUUCUGUGCCACGCCUUUUCAAUCAACAUCGAAUGGGCGUCUACAUCCAAGGAGCUGGGUCCUACGGGUAUCUACAUCGGCCUCAACAAGAUGAUGCACCGCUUCAAGUACACUUUCCUCAUCUGCAUCGUGCUUGCAGCCGGUAUGAUGUACAUGUCUUUUGGUGCUCCUUGGGGCUGGACUAUCUCUCCUGGCAAAUUCUCUGCCGGUACAUACGCCAUCGUGCCUUUGGCUGUUCAAGUGGGUUGUUCAUUUACUCUGCCGCUCUUCCUGGGUCUGACUUAA